AUGACUACAGAGUCUCUAGGUACUGGCGGUUUAUCUGUUGAACAACAAAAACGGAUUGCUGAAAUACAGUCUCGAGCAGCCACACAGUCUCUAAAAGAAUCAUCUCAACGUUUCUCUACCGAUCGCGUUGAAUCCACACUUUAUGUGGGUGAACUUGCUCCUGAGGCUGAUGACGCUGUAUUAAAGCAACACUUCAAAAACGCUAAGAGUGUCCAUGUAUGUCGUGAUCGUGUCUCUCAACAAAGUUUGGGUUAUGCUUAUAUCAAUUUCUAUCGUUCAGAAGACUGCAUCCAUACACUGAAAACAAUGAAUUAUUCUUUGAUUUUGGGUAAGCCUUGUCGUCUCAUGGCUCCUGAGCGUGAUCCAACCAAGAGAGCAACUGUGGGUUGUGGUAAUAUCAUUGUCAAGAAUCUACCACCCUCUGUUGACGACAAAGCACUCUAUGAUACUUUCUCUCAAUGGGGUAAUGUGAUCUCUUGUCGAAUGAUCAAAAAUCCAAAUGCUACUCGAGCCUAUGGCUAUGUAAAUUAUGACACAGUCAAUGCAGCUGAAAGAGCCAUUCAGACUGUGCAUGGUGCUAUUUUGUUUGGCAGAGAAAUACAAGCAAGCCACCAAAUACCUAAAUCAGAAAGAGAAUCAGCCGAGGAUCCAUCCAAGCAACAACAACAACAACAACAGCAGCAGCAACAACAACAACAACAACAGCAACAGCGGUUCACGAAUAUUUAUGUAAAGAACAUUGCAUUGGAUGUCACAGAAGAUGAAUUACGUGACUUAUUUGCACCCUUUGGCCGAGUUUCUUCUCUUUUAAUUCAGCGUGAUGAUCAACAGCAUUCCAAAGGAUUUGGGUUUGUCAAUUUCGAACAGCCCGAGUAUGCUGAACAAGCUGUCAAUCAAUUGCACGAUCAAGAAUUUCACGGCAAAAAACUAUUUGUGUCUCGAGCACAAAAGAAAGCAGAACGAGAAGACGAAUUAAGACGCCAUUAUGAGUACCAACCUCGUAUAGAAAAGUCCACUAAAUACCAAGGCAUUAAUUUAUACGUCAAGAAUUUAUCGGAUCAAGUAGAUGACGAUCUGUUGCGCAAAGAGUUUUCUGUAUUUGGACAAAUCACGAGUGCCAAAGUAAUGCGGGACGAAAGAACCGGUCUCUCUAAAGGAUUUGGGUUUGUCUGCUUUACUUUGCCAGAGGAAGCCACUGAAGCAGUGAUCAAGAUGAAUGGACACAAGCUAUUGAACAAGGAAAUCUAUGUUGCUUUAGCACAGCGUAAAGAAGACAGACGUACUUUACUUGAAGCACAAAUGACACCCAAGGCUGAGCCUAUCAAAUCAAACCAGAUGACAUUGGCUACUUUAGAAUCAUUCACACCUGAAACACAGCGUCAAAUGUUGGGCGAACGUAUUUAUGCCAAUAUAUCAGAGAUAUUUCCUCGAGAAGCAGGUAAAUUGACUGGCAAGUUGCUCGAUUCAGACAAAGCAGAGCUUAUUUUUCUAGUCAAUAAUCCAAAACAGUUAGUAGAAAAAGCAAAUGAAGCUGCUUAUGCCCUUAAAGAACAUCAUUCGUCAUUGCAAUCGAACCAAUAAACUUGCAUGAAUCUUAUUGUGACUAUUGUUUUUUCAUGAUUGUUAUAAAAAAAGACAAUGAACUGUUCCUUUUUACUUUUCUCUU